AACCUCACUAAUACCACGAAAAAUCACCAAAUAGCCAGUAAGAAAACUCUUGGAUCUCUCAAAGUACAUAACUUAUCCAGGCCAAAUUCUAAUAAUGAAUUUAGACCACAAUAAAUUUGCAUGGAAAAAGAGAAUCAGAGGGUACCACUAGUCACUCACACUACUCACAAAGGCAGUGAAAUACGAUGAAGAAUCCAACCAAAGAUGACACGAGAGAACACUCAUAGAGAGAACUUAAGCAAGAUAGAAUAAACAGUGUGAAUUCAGAUAAAAAGAGAGAGUAGCAAGUUGUGAGGGCGGUGAAGGGAUUCGGCUUUAUAAGGUCUAUCCGUCUCCUAACCACGUAAGAAAGACAUUUAGACCAUGUUAAACAAACGUUUUCUUUCCUUUUUAAAAUAUUCAAUUAUUUUAUUUCUUUCUGCUUUACUAUUUGUGGUGUGGGAGGAGUAAGAACUAAUCAAAGUGUCAUGUGGUGUGUCUGAACUAUUUGUGGGAAACGGUUCACUCAUUGCCUGUCCACCGAUUGAAUUCCCACUCUUCAAUAAAUUUGUAAUCAUAUAUCUACAUUACCUUAUUUAGCCAAAUUAAUUGAUGAAUCAACAACCUUCCCCCCCAAAAAAAUGUCUUCCAAAUUCGAUCCAUUUCUCCCACUCAAUCCCAAUCUCAUCCUUCCCCACCCAAACCCUCCCCCCAACUCCCCUCACCUCCCCGCCGCCCCUCCCGCCGCCGCUAAACUCGUAAUCACCGGCGGCAACAGCCUCUCCGGCCACGCGCCCAUCAGCGGCUCCAAGAACUCAGCUCUGGCGAUUCUUGCGGCGACGCUCUGCUGCCGCGGCGAUUCGAGGCUCAGCAAUGUGCCCCAAUUGAUCGAUACGACGACAAUGGCCGCCGUUUUGAGCUCUUUGGGAGCUGAGAUUGAAUUCUCCGGUAACAACUUGGUGGUGAGGACGGAGCGGGUCGGGUCGGUGGAGCCCGACGCGGGUCUGGUUGGGAGGAUCCGAGGCGGGUUCUUUGUAGUCGGGCCGCUGCUGGCCCGGUUCGGCGAGGCGGCUGUUGGGCUUCCCGGCGGGUGCGAUAUUGGGGCCCGGCCCGUUGAUAUUUAUGUUCGUGGGCUUAGGGAGCUUGGCGCCGUUGUGGAAUUGAGGGACAACAAGCUCGUAGCACGUGCAGCGAACGGACGAGGUCUCGUUGGCGGGAGGUUCCGCCUUGACUACCCCAGCGUCGGAGCAACUCAAACUCUGAUGAUGGCGGCUUGCUUGGCCGAAGGCACGACGCUCCUCUCCAACGUUGCCCGAGAGCCAGAGAUAGCCGAUCUUGCUUCCUUCCUCACAAGCGCGGGGGCUCGUGUGGAAGGCGUGGGGACGGACAAGAUACGCAUUCACGGGACGAGGCAGCUCUAUGGCGCUGAACACGCGAUCAUGCCUGAUCGGAUUGAGGCAGGCACGUUCAUGCUCGCUGCUGCCAUCACUCGCUCGCGCAUUUCCCUCUCCCCUGUCUGGCCCGAGCUCUUGUCUGUCUUGAUUGACAAGCUCUCGGGCGCUGGUUGCACGAUCUCACACAUGCGUGAUGAGCUGGAGCUUUCCGCCAUUCCUCGAAGAAGUGGAGAGGGCUUACGCGGUUUUGAUGUUAGAACGCUCCCAUAUCCCGGAUUCCCGACGGAUCUCCAGCCUCAGACAAUGGCGAUGCUGUCAACGUGUGAUGGUUUGAGCAUUGUAGAGGAAUCCGUGUUUGAGAACCGCUUGACUCAUGUGAAAGAACUGCAAAAGUUCGGAGCUAAGAUUUACACCGAGGGAAGUACUGCAUUUAUACACGGGAAAGGGAGAGGAGAGAAACUACGUGGUGCACGAGUUGAUGCAGCUGACCUAAGAGGCGGGAUGUCGUUAGUAUUAGCCGGCUUAGCUGCAGAAGGAGUAACUCAGGUCAGCAGAAUGUCUAACAUAGACCGAGGUUACGAGAGUUUGGAGACGAAGCUUAGAUCACUGGGAGCCGAUGUGAAGAGGCUAGAGGAGCCCCAGUCCAUCUUGAGAUCAUGAAGUACUUUUUUUGUCCCAUUCAAAAGCAAAUCAUUUCUUUUUCUACACUAGAUUUCAUGCAGUGUUGUUUAGUGCGUCGAGUAAAGUACAGAAAGUAAAUGUUUUCAUUUUAAAAAAUAUAUAGCAAUAUAAUACAAAGAAUUGUCAAGGAGAAGAGAGCAGAGUGAACUAUGUAAUGCAGUUGCAGGGGAACUGCAGGGGAUUCACGCGCGUUGAGCCUGCUCGUUCAGAAUGCAUCUUCGAUGAUUUCUGUUGGGCAACGACGCUGGCUCGACGUGGUAAAAGGGGUUCGACGGAGAUGAUCAUUCGGAGAGGGGACCAAGUUUUAAAGUACAGACAUUGCUGAUACCACAAUUUGUAUCUUUAACCAAAUGUUGUGAUCCUUUUUCAUGUAUAUGAAUGAGAACCUUUGCUGUGUAACUAAUGCAGUUUUUUAGUUUUACUGUA